CGAGAGUGGCAGAGUGGAUUGUAGAACGGUCGGCUCGGCUCAGCCCCGCCACUCCACGAGCAGAUGAUACCGGAACUUGGACCUCUAGGUUUAUCAUAUAAGCCCGCUAAUACAACACAAACCACAUCGUUGUAUCGUCGCAGAUUGGCUAAUAGAUGCCAGUGUGUACCGGAUACGGAAUAGCAGAUGGCAUAUGACCGGCGAGGGAGGGAAAGGGAAAGGAGGCGCAACGUCAAAUAUGUGCCAAAAUAUAUGCCAAAUCUGCAUCACCGCCUCAACGAUGAAAAACCCGACGAUAAAGAGCCUCCUUACUCCCCGUUCCUAUCCGAUGCUGGCUCUAUUUGGCCUGAUCCGGUCUGGCCUGGUCCGGUUGGGUCUGGUCCGGCUGUGUCUCCUGGCCUUAUCGCAAAGCCCGCGGUUUUGUAUGGUUUCAUUUUGCGAACACAUGUUUUUCCUCUUCCGUUGGACAACCCCGAAUAUACAUAUCCUGGUUAUUGCUUGCUUGAUUUUGCUCUGCUCUGCUCUGUUUUGCUUUGCUUUGCUUGCGCUGGUCGAAACAUGUCAAGAACCUACGUUUCUUCGCACCCAACACUUUCAUGCAAUCCAGCAACGGAUUGCGCGCUGCAAGGUGGUGUGCAUGUGCAGUAGGUAAGGGGCAAUAGGUAAAGACAGACUCGAGGAAUCAGGACAAAGC